AUGUAUUAAAUUUACAUCCUGUCAUCUAUCAGUAACAAACAAUAAAUAAAUUAGCUCAUUCUCAUCUUGUUUCAACCACCCGACUUUUUCGGUUAACUUUCGAAAGAAAUGGAGGAGAUAGUAAUGAAGAUUCAAUAAGAAGACAUUGAAAAUCGGCUAAAAAUAACCACCUGUCGCGGUUGAAUUUCAGUGGGGGUAGACAUUGAAUUUAUACGUGCUAAUCAAUUCAAGUUUAAAAUUAUUUCAUUUCUACUCUGAAAAUUCGCCGCUUCAGGAUGCUUUUCAGUACUCGAAGUCUUCGAAUCGACGAUAUCAUCCGACCACAAUGCGAAGCGGGUCCUGAAACACCGGAAACCCCGCAAAGUUUUGAUUCUUCCUCACCUGCCAUUAGACCGGUUAUUAGUGGAUUCGAUUUCUUCAGAACUGAAUUAGGAAUUUUGAAACUAACCGAAGUGAUUUUAGGAAUUUUAACAACGUUUUUCAUUGCUGGGUACUGCCAACCUUCAACCAUCUACAACAUAUCUUUGGUUAUCAUUUCGAUAUGUAUCCUCUCUAUAGUAUUUUUAAUUUUUAUUUAUAUUCACUCCAUAAAAUUAUUCUUCACCAUCCGUCAAUCACCAUUUGAAACGUUUUUCAAUGCCAUUCUAUCGAUAAUAUAUCUAAUAUUUCCAACAAUUCUUUUAAUUGAAGCGAUGAAUGCAGGAGUCAUUGUUGUUACUUUACUGGGAGCGAUUCUGUUUAUUAUACAUGCUUAUGAUGCCUACAAAUCUCACAUAUGGUAUAAACAAGUUUUGAAAUAAUCAUUAUAUUUAUGUUGUUUUUAAUUAUAUAAAAGUAAAUAGUACAAA